AUGGAAGACUGCGAUGCGAGUGAUUCAGAUCUGGACGAUCCUCGCUGUGAAGACAAAUAUAAGCCAUUCAAGCCGCCCGCUUGGCUGAUUGAUUUGGCUCAGCACAAUCUUGCUCGUUCGGAGGUCACAGCAGAUGUUCUAAGGGCAAAAGUCGAGGAAGUCCGGGACGCUGCUCGAGCGACUGUCCCAUCAGACGCUCUAAAGGUGAGACUACAGAAUGUCAUCGAUGAAGCACAGAGCAGAAGAAAGACAGCCAAGAAAGAUGUUGUGCAGGAAAGCGCGGAAGUUCGAACGCAAAAAAGUUUUGAACCGCUCUCCCUCACUGCGCAACCUCAGCCUACGGAAGAGAUGGAUCGCCAUGUUUUACCAGACGCAGAAAUCCCCCGUGUGACCCAAUCCAAUGAUUCCCUUGGUCAAGAGCAAGAGUGGCUACGAGAAAAGAGGCAGGGUAAGAAGAAACUGAUUCGAGCACAGCAAGCAAAGGAAGGUGUCGUGGCAAAUCAAGUGGAGGUGAAUGGGCAAGAGAUUCUCGCUGUGGCUGAGUCCUCUAGAGCGGGCGCUGCACGAGAGAUUUUGACGAAUGCAACGACACCAGUCUCGUUGCCAAAUACAAUGGAUGGCCUCUACUUCCCAGAAGAUUCAACAGACCGGUAUCCAAUCCGUCCUCUACCCAAAUGGUAUACUUCCAUCAACGAGAACAGUUUCGACAUGAAGCAACUGUCGAAGAAGAAACCUCAAGAUCUCACCGCGCUUGACUCACUCAAGGCCUACAUUGCCAAAUGCCGGGAAGAGCAGAAGCCGUUUUACGAGGAACUGCGCAAUGAAGUCCACAAAGCCGAGAUCAAACUCUCUGUCAACAAGUAUAUCCUCAAGAAGGCCCGAAUUCUGAAUCCAGAUACUGGCCUACCAGCAAUCUUCAGAAAAGACUCGGCCUUCCCUUCCGACCUCAAGGCAGAUAGCUAUCAGCUCUACAACCGCUGGUACAACCAGGACUUUGAUCAAGACAUACUUCGCGGCAUCAUCACCAAGGCAGGCAAAGAUCGCAACAACGACAGCUUCGACCCAGAGUAUCGAUCAGCCCAUCCAACGACCGCCAAGUACUACGGCGAAGGCAAUUUAGUUCAGGGACAGUGGUGGCCCACCCAGCUCUGCACGGUAAGAGACGGCGCCCACGGCGCGGCGCAAGGAGGUAAGAAUCUGCAAACCCACUCACCAACCCCCAUCCACUCUUGCACUCGCUCACCUCAGCACGCAGGCAUCUUCGGCGAAAAAGACCGCGGCGCCUACUCCAUUGUGCUCUCCAGCGGUACCGGCUACCACGAUCUGGAUAACGGCGACACCAUUGAAUACAGCGGCACCGAGUCCAAAGACGCCACCCCAACUGAAAACACCCACCACCUGAUUCAAUCAAAGGAGCUCCAGAAUCCCAUCCGCGUCAUCCGCUCCCACCAGCUUCCCAAGAGCAAUCAGUACAGACCCAGUGUCGGAUUACGCUACGAUGGCUUGUACAAGGUCAAGGAGUACAUGGUCGUGGACAAGGAUAGGGCCAUGUACCGGUUCCAGCUCGAGCGUUGCGAGGGACAGGAUCCGAUUCGGUGUGAGGAUGAUGCUGCGAGGAGGCCAACGGUCUUUGAGGAGAUGGAGUGGGAGAAAUUGAAGAAGAGAAAGUAA